AUGUCGCAGUUUGACUUCAAGACUUUGCUCGCCUCGGCUGUCGACUCUUGCUCGGAAGCCACUCCUCGAGAUAAGCUGCUUCCUUGGGAGUCUGGGGUGUUCAAACAGAUCUUCGAUGGAGAAGACCCUUUGUCUUGGAAGGACAGGUUCGAUUUGCCGGACCCACCUGGGUGGGAUCAGGGAGAGACGGAAAGCUUGUUCCCGGCAGAGAAAAAACGCAAGGUAUUAGAUUCCGAUUUCUGUUUUACGGUCGUGCGCAAGACUGAGGGAUUGAGCUGGGAGGAUCAACGGCAGCAAGAUUCUGACAAGGCUAUGGCGCGCUGGAUCUUCAUAAUCGUGAAAUGGUCUGAGACAUGCCCUGACUUGUUGGUAUGCCAAAGCCUGUCUGAAUGCACAGAGAAGGAUCAAAGGAUCAACGUGAUCCAAGAUUGGCUGCAUCCUAAGGCGCCGAGCACUUUGUUGAAGCGAGCCAAUUCGAUUAUGGGAUAUCACAAAGUUGUUGGCUGGGGCGACGGGACCUUUCCGUACCGUGAGCAAGAUGUGUACCGCUACAUGUCUGAUGCUAAGGCAGGUGGGGCAAAACCGUCGCAGCUGAAGGCUCUGCAAGAGGCUGUAAUUUUCGUGCGGCAUAUUUUCAUGGUUCCGCAACUGGACAGGGUGAUCGAGAGUCGUCGCUGUUUGGGAGCCUCGCAGAGGGGAACUGUGAAACGUGGUAAGAAGAGGGCUCACCCGCUUUCCAUCCUUGAAUUGAGGAAGCUUCACCACUUGCUUGCGAAUAAAGGCGUUUCAGCCUGGGACCGCACCUUCGCAGGAGCCGUUCUCUGUUGCACUUACAUGAGGGCGCGAUGGGGAAACUUCCAGCACACUGUCAGCUUUGAUAUCGAAACGAAUGACCGAGGGGACGUCAUAUUCUUGGUUUACACUGCUGAGGUGUACAAGACGGUUAAUUCCAAGUACUUUUCUGGCGAGCCGGUCAGGUUCAUCGCUCCUGGUGUUGGGAUUCUCAGUGACAACUGGCUGCACUUGUGGAAGCAGGCUAGGGCCGAGGUGGGAUUGUUCUCAUUCUUGCCGCCGUUGCCAACGCCUAAUGCAGCUGGUGAGGCCAUGGGAUGCUCAGUCUCCUCUAGCGAAAUCAGAGCUUGGGUCCAGAAGGUUUUGGGGCGAGAUAAUAGCUUGAACACCACGGGACACCUCAUGAAGCGCACCUUCCUGACUAUGGCUGCUAAGCGGGGCAUUGAGCAUUUGGAUCGGCUGGCUAUGGGCGGUCAUGCCAACUCGGCAAAAAUGGCGGACACUUAUGGUGAUGACGAGUUGGCGCGACCCUUGAGGCUGCUCCUCGCGCUCUUGGAGGAGAUCCGCGAAGGCAUCUUUGACCCUGACGCAGGACGUGCGGGGUACAUUCUUGGUGCAGGACUACGUGAGCGUAGGUUGGAGGCGGAUCGCAUGGAGAGUCAGGGGCCCCCGGCUGCGGGCGCUUUCAUGGCUGUAGCGACACCGGAGGUCGUGGACGGUGACUGCCCUGCCGACCAAUCUGCCAAUAGCAGAGACAGCCUUACAGAGCAAGAUGCGGCCUCGUGGGAACUCCCGCAUCCCGAGCCGCUCAAUGAUGAUGACUGGAGAGACUUGGGUAUCUCCCCUCCAAGUCCACAGCAUAGUGCCGCCUACGAGGGACCCAACAUUGAAGACUCGCUGGUGCACCCGUGGGACAACCUGAUUGAGGGACAUGGUGGCGAUGCUUCAGAGACGGAUUCUUCCAGUUCAAGCUGUUCCGAGGAUUCGUCUUCUUCGUCUUCGCGGGUUAGCCACGAACCUGAGCGCAAGGUGGGUGUACCGAGGCCAGCAGCAGGCACAUCUUUCCUGCAGCACAAGAGGACCAGGCUUUUGCACAUGAUUUCCGAUCAAAAUCGGAAGGUUUUGCUGUGCGGCCGAAUGGUUGGUGACAUCUACAAGCCACCGAGCAAAAUUCGAUUUGACUCUUCUGUUUGCCGCAACUGUAAGAAGUUCGCGGCAGAUCUGUGA